AUGUGCGAGCAUCGCAGAGAGCGCGAGGAGCGGCUGAAGGCCGCGCGAGCGAGCGCGGAUGUUGCCGUGGAGUCGAGCGAGGUCAGCGGUCAGGCGGCAGUAAAGCGGCUGCAGACGAGUUUCGUGGCGAGCGGCGUGAGCGCGGCGCUGCUGCGCUACCUGAGCGACUCGGGGCCGCUGCUGCUGCGGGACUCGUGGGAGCUGCCGGGCAGCCACGCCGACGCCGAGGCGGCACGGCAGCAGCUCAAGGCGGCCAACUGCGAUGCACAGGCGAUCGCAGACGAGAGGUGCGACGCCCUGCGACAGGCGUGCGAGCAGCUGGGGCAAGGUGAGCAGCUGGCAAUGUGUGCCGCAUGGCAGUGUGUGGCAAGGUGA